GGCCGACGCUCUCAGCCCGUCGGUUCCCGAGCGCCUUCCCGGUGACCCCGCAGUGGGUGUGUGAGGGGAGGACGGACAGACCCACCAGACGCCGCCGGACCAGGAGGACGCUGACGAGGCACCAUGCGUGAGAUCGUGCACAUCCAGGCGGGCCAGUGCGGCAACCAGAUCGGCGCCAAGUUUUGGGAGGUCAUCAGUGAUGAACAUGGGAUUGACCCCACUGGCAGUUACCAUGGAGACAGUGAUUUGCAGCUGGAGAGAAUCAAUGUUUACUACAAUGAAGCCACUGGUAACAAAUAUGUUCCGCGGGCCAUCCUUGUGGAUCUGGAGCCAGGCACGAUGGAUUCGGUUAGGUCUGGACCAUUCGGCCAGAUCUUCAGACCAGACAAUUUCGUGUUUGGCCAGAGCGGAGCUGGGAAUAACUGGGCCAAGGGCCACUACACAGAGGGAGCCGAGCUGGUUGACUCGGUCCUGGACGUGGUGAGGAAGGAGUCAGAGAGCUGUGACUGUCUCCAGGGCUUCCAGCUGACCCACUCUCUGGGGGGCGGCACCGGGUCCGGGAUGGGCACCCUGCUCAUCAGCAAGAUCCGGGAAGAGUACCCAGACCGCAUCAUGAACACCUUCAGCGUCAUGCCCUCACCCAAGGUGUCAGACACCGUGGUGGAGCCCUACAACGCCACCCUCUCUGUCCACCAGCUGGUGGAAAACACAGAUGAAACCUACUGCAUUGAUAACGAGGCCCUGUACGACAUCUGCUUCCGCACCCUGAAGCUGACCACCCCCACCUACGGGGACCUCAACCACCUGGUGUCGGCCACCAUGAGCGGGGUCACCACCUGCCUGCGCUUCCCGGGCCAGCUGAACGCAGACCUGCGCAAAAAGACCACAGGAUAA